AUGAGACGUGUCCGACAGAAACGAGAAGAGAAAGCUCAGAAGGUGGAGGACUCACCAGAUAUCUCGGAGGAGGAGGGCUAUGACAUCGAGGCAGAGUCUCAGAGCGACUCCGAGGAGGAUUCUGGCUCGGAAUACGGUGGUGGAGCGAAGAGCAAAGCGGCGCGUCCAGCGAAGCGUCCUAGAUUAUCAAAGGCUGCAGAAAAGAAACCAACGCGUAGUCUCAGUCUCCUGCCCAAGAUGCCGUUAGAUGUGCUCUUUGAGGUACUCCUUAUUUAUCCCCCGCCUCAUUCUUCAAUCCCUUCUCCAACUCCAUUCUGUCAGAUUUUCGGUCGCCUUGCACCUAAAGACUUCAUCAAUGUGUCAAGGACGAACAAGCUAUUCCGACAAACUCUGAUGUCACGUUCCGCCACCACCGUGUGGAAUACCUCUUUGAAUGGAGUAGGAAGCCCUUCCUGCCCGAGUGACAUUUCUGGUCCGCGCUGGGCAAUUCUUUUGUUCAUGACGCACUGUCAAGAAUGUGGAACAAAGGGUGUUCCUCGGGUGGACUUCGCUCUGCGACGCCGCGUUUGCACCAAUUGCAAGAAGGCACACCUGUUCGUCUCCUCCAAGUUCAAUUCACGUUUCCCGGACCUUGAAAAAUCAAUCUUGGACCUUCUCCCGUAUACUUCUGUUGGUGGUUGGUCGCAUGGUCAUUCGACGUCUAGCAAGUUUUAUUGGGACACCGACAUUCAAGCUAUGAACAUAAUGCUGGCAAAGUUCCAUCACGAUAUUCACAUGCGUGUACCGGGGGCGAAGAAAAAGCUCGACGAAUUCAUUGAGGAUCGGAAAGCGCAUGUUAUCGAGGUUCUAAAGUAUGCCAGUAUUUGCGUUGACUGGACGGCUAAGAUGGCCACUCAGCGUUCGAAUGACUUGAUGCAAGCUAAAACGAGGAGGGAAGCUCAGAUUCGAGCUCGGCUCCUCGGGCUCGGAUACUUGGAAGUGGACGUGAAUUCGAUAUCUCUCUGGCAUGAGCAAAAGGCCACUGAGCUUAACGAUCGAAGCUGGGUAAGGCUCCGACCUGAGCUGGAACAGCUCGUCCAAGAACGAAGAGAUAGCCGUCUACUCUCCGAAAGAAAGGCUCUGGUCAACAGCAGAAAGAAAAUCGUCGAGGAGCUGUACAAUGCUUACAGGAAGACCCUUGUCCCAUUACAACUACCUUCUUAUCCUCGUGUCUCCGACAUCUGUCGAACCCCUGAAUUCUCCCAGCACAUCGAGGCCGAGAGCACCGUUGAUAUCACAGCUGCAAGUUUUUCCGGUGUCAUGAAUCAACUCCCUGGCAUUAUCAUCCAAUGGAUCGAAAGCAAAAAGGCGGGGCUAAGGACAUUGCUCACUGAAGCCCAAAGCACGUUAAUUGGGACACCAGCCUCGGCCGAAGCACCCUCCAGGUUGAGUUUAACAAGAGAUGUGCCACCCUUGGAUGAAGUGAUAGGCACGAGAAGACACGUUCCGACAUCUGCGCAUCCCCCUGCUCCUCCACAGUCAUCUGAGAGCGCUGACAUACUGAACUUGGCCACUGCCGUGUUUUCGUGUGGUUCAAUUGGUACCGCUUGCAGCUCGUCAAAGUUAUUCAUCGGUUGGCCGGAAGCAAGCACUCAUCACUGCAGGGGUUAUUAUGCACACCACGAAGAACCUCAGACCAAGCUUCAAGUUCGUAGGGCUGCGGCGACAGCUGCUUCGAUAGUUAAGGCCGCAGGUUUACCUGUCUUGUUUACGACUGCCUCGGAGAUGGACGAGCGAAAUUUACGCUUCAUGUGCGCGGCGUGUCCAGCUCGUCAUCACGCGAAGAAUGUGUAUGGGAAACCCGUUUUCACGUGGCGGAGCGCAAUUACCCAUGUAUCGCUUGGCCAUGGCGAACCCACAUGGGAAGUCCUCAACGUCAAACAGACUCAAACAAUCAAGCAAAAAGAGCUGGUUAACGAUAUCGGUGCGCUAGCCCAAGGCGCGUGCUGGUCGUGCAACCGGUGCUCCGAUUUUGUAGAUGACAUGAAGACAAAGGCAGUUGUUAUAGAACAUCUUAAAGCCAUACACGAUGUUGCAUUACCGGCGGAACCUGAGGAUCUGUUUGUGAUGGACUUUGGAAAGCUGACACAGUGUCUUCCCGCCAUUUACGAUAUGACACCACCUCCUACGCAAAGUGGUGCUCCCACGAAGAACGUCAGGUGUACACAUUGCGGGGUUUCGACGAAGCGGCUCUUCGAUGAAGGAGGUGUCCGGUGUCAUAUAAAGGCCAAGCACAAUGUGAUGAAUCCCAUCAAGGGAACAGACUGGGUGAAUGUGAUUCCAGGAGCCUUGAACUAA